GAAAAACGAUGAUGGGGACACAACUGUUGUUGUUGAAAAGGACCAUUUUAUGGAUGAUUUCUUCCAUCAGGUUGAGGAGAUCAGAAACAGUAUAGCUAAAAUAGCUCAGUAUGUUGAAGACGUAAAGAAAAACCACAGCAUCAUUCUCUCUGCACCAAACCCAGAAGGAAAAAUAAAAGAAGAGCUUGAAGAUUUGAACAAAGAAAUCAAGAAAACUGCUAAUAAAAUUCGAGCCAAGUUAAAGUCUAUUGAACAAAGUUUUGAUCAGGAUGAGAGUGGAAACCGAACUUCAGUGGAUCUUCGCAUACGAAGAACCCAGCAUUCAGUACUAUCUCGAAAGUUUGUAGAAGUUAUGACAGAAUAUAAUGAAGCACAGACUCUAUUUCGGGAGCGAAGCAAAGGGCGUAUACAGCGUCAGCUGGAAAUAACUGGAAAAACCACCACUGACGAUGAGCUGGAGGAGAUGCUGGAAAGUGGGAAUCCUUCCAUCUUCACCUCAGACAUUAUAUCAGAUUCACAAAUUACUAGACAAGCUCUCAAUGAAAUUGAGUCGCGUCACAAGGAUAUUAUGAAGCUGGAGACCAGUAUCCGAGAGCUGCACGAAAUGUUUAUGGAUAUGGCUAUGUUUGUUGAGACUCAGGGUGAAAUGAUCAACAACAUAGAAAAAAAUGUUACGAAUGCCGCAGACUAUGUAGAAAAUGCUAAAGAAGAAACGAAAAAAGCUAUUAAAUACCACAGCAAAGCGAGAAGGAAAAUGAUGUUCAUUAUUAUUUGUGUAAUUAUUUUGCUUGUGAUCCUUGGAAUUAUCCUAGCAACAACAUUGUCAUAGCAACCAUUUCCCAAGAGACAUUCGUCCUUGGAGUCAGACCACAUCUGCAGCAGAUCAGCGUCCUCCCAUUUCAUGAAUGAAUCCCAGACAUUGUGACAUGUGGCGUUGGGUGCUGACUUUUCACUAGUGAAUUCAAGGAGGAAACACAACAGAACAUAUUGUUCAGUGAAAAAACCGUAAGCAGAAUGGAUGUGAUGAGUUUACCCAACAUCCUUGGACCCUAAAUAACACACCACAAAAAUUUAACAAUGUGAAACUUGUUUCAAUGGCCUUAAAAAAAGGAAUUAUUGAAAAUUUCAAUUUUUUUUAUAUUUCAGUGUUAAGGAUAUAUGUGAAGUUUAAUUAGGAAUAUUUUAUGUUAUAAAGCUAUUAGAUUUCAGGUCUAAUACUUUCUUCUCUCCCCUCCUCCCAGCCAACAUAUGCUAAUUCAGAGACGUUUUAUACAAUGUUUAAUUCCUAUUUGUUUAUUGUUUGCAAUAGUAAUUUUUAUUAUCACAGCUGUUUUGUAAGAUAUCUAUAAUUUUAAAUGUGUAUAAAUUGUUUAAUAUAUUAACUUCUUAAUUUACUCCGUUUUUAUAUAUUACAUACU